GUAUGUUUCACUUUGACCACACAACUUUCAUAAUUUCUGCUGUUUUGCGCUGCUGUUGCUUCGCUGCCCUCUGCAGUACGGUACCACUACCGGUACUAUUACUCAUAAAGGUCGUACGAUUGGAGAGGUGGUCAGGGGAUCAUGGCAGCGCAAAAUCCUUCGGAAGAACAGCAGGGUUCCAAUAAUGCGGCUGAGUUCACGGUGAUGAUCAUUGCCAGUGGCCCGCUGCGAAAUGGUGGCUUUGUUCAUGCGGUUGCCGUCACACAGCCUGUCCAAUCUUGGACCGUGCUUCGCAGUCAAGACGAUUUCUAUGCUGUCAGUGACGUUCUUUCUCAGUUGCUACCCUCUGUUCCAGCUUGUCCUGUCAUAGUAGACUCGGGUACCGAUGUUGUUUCGGUUGUCAAUGCACGAAACGAGCUGCAAAAAUGGUUAUCAGCAGCCUUAACCCAUCCUGGUUCCACAGAAACCUUGGCGGUGCGAAACUUCUUGACAUAUGGUGCCAACAUUAUUCUCCCACAGUUUGAAGGGGUGUCAUGGACUAGUUUUGACGCAGAAGGUGCUGUCGUCCCACCUGCAAAUUCCAAUCAUCAACAGGAGACUAGCUCUACCAGUUCUGGAGCAGCGGAAGGUGGAAACCAUGGUGGUGGUGGUGCUGGCGGUGGGGUUGGAAAUCUAGAUGAUAUGGAAAUGGACGACAUGUUCCUAGCGGAAGACGACGGAGGCGGCCUGGACGCACAAGACGACACGGAUGAGGACGACGAAUACAUCAGGCCAUCGGUGCGUUACAAGCCGACAGACGAGGCAAUAACUGAGGAUGACGAACUAGAAAUGAUGCAAAUUGCUGCCGAAGUGGAAAUGAUAGAAGACAUUGGUAGCUUAGCCCAGAGCCUCGGGGCUUCACAUUUGGGACGUUCUUUGCAGUUGCAGGCAGAAAUCGCUACUCGUGACAAUCCACAAGAUAUCAAAACGCAACAAGCUCAAUUUCAGGGAGAAGGACUUACACUGGGAGGCAUCGGCUCAGCAGGUGGACGCUCUGCGGUUGGAGGAAUUCACAGCGCCAUGGAAAAUGCUGAACCAGGAAGCUCGGCUGAUCCCUUUGGAAGCAAAACUCCAGAAUCAGCCCCGCGAUUGGAUUCGUUUAAGAUGAUCAAAGUAAUUGGGAAGGGAUCAUUUGGAAAAGUAUUUCUCGUCAAGGAACACAAGACGAGUUCAUUGUACGCACUUAAGGUUCUACGAAAAGACAACAUCAUCAAGCGCAAUCAAGUUGAACACACCAGAACUGAAAGAAGCGUGCUGGGAUACGUUAAGCAUCCCUUCAUUGUUGGAAUGAACAUGGCUUUCCAGUCCAAGGACAAGCUUUAUUUCGUAUUGGACUACUGCGCCGGUGGAGAGCUCUUCUUCCAUUUGGGAAAGCUGGGGAAAUUUCCGGAGGCUCGCGCUAGGUUUUAUGCGGCGGAAAUAAUCUUGGCCAUUUCCUACUGCCACCAGCUCGACAUUGUUUAUCGUGACCUCAAACCAGAGAAUGUCUUAUUGACAGCAGAAGGCCACAUCCGUCUGACAGAUUUUGGGCUCUCGAAAGAAGGCAUCAGCUCCAGUUCCAGUGGUGCCAACAGUUUCUGUGGAACUCCCGAAUACCUAGCGCCUGAAAUCUUGAACCGACAAGGCCACGGCCGGGCAGUUGACUGGUGGAGCCUCGGAGCCCUGCUGUACGAAAUGUUGACCGGGCUGCCACCCUUUUACUGUCAAGACCGAGAGCGUUUAUUCGAGAAGAUUCGAAAGAGUGAAUUGCACUACCCUCCCAGCAUCCAACGUCCCGCCAAGAUGAUGCUGAAGGGAUUGCUGACGAAGGAUCCGACUCGUCGCCUGGGCAGUGGCCCGUCCGACGCAGAAGAAAUCAAAGGCCAUGAAUUCUAUUCGGAUAUUGACUGGGUCAAGCUUGCCGCUGGCGAAGUAUCCCCACCAUGGCGCCCUCAAAUCAACGGCAUUCUGGACACGAGCCAGUUUGACAAGGAGUUCACAAACAUGCCGUUUUGCAGCCCUCACAGCAUGCAGAGGAUGCAUGGGUUCGGAGCUACACCGGCAGACAACCAUUUUGAAGGGUUCACUUUCACAGACAGGAUAUUGCAGGGACCAGGCGCCAAGGCUGGCAAUUAGUGGCAAGGGCUACAGUGAUGCAGCUCAUGUUCCAUCCAUCCACACCCCUGGAUUCGUUGCGAGCACAGACACGAACGGACCUGAAGCUGGCCAUCAUGCUCACGUGCUCCGCGCUUCGCAAACAUAGGACCGGAAGAGACCGACUGCAUAAUCUUCUUCUUUCAUGAUCUUCAUUCCCGAUUCGAGGAUCAAGCGACCUACAUCUUGAUUGUACACACAGCCCUUACCACCAACCGCAGCGGCUACGUUGGCUGUCCCGUCUUGGUACAGCCCAAGCAAUGGGUUCGUAGACCUGCUGUUCUCCAAGAGCAAAACCCGUCCUUUUCCAUUUGUAGAUGUAAUAUGUAGUGAUUUGUUUGUAGCAUCGUUAGCAUGCAGAAAGUGACUUUUCUUCGAAACUUAAAUGCACAAGAGUUUGUGAAGCUUACCUGUACUUUUCACGACCUGUCUCAUUUCGUUUAGACUUCUCUUGGU